CUAGCCACUGAUGAUCUCACUGAGCAAUAUAAAGAAGGAAGUGGUUUAAAGCAAUUUCCGGAAAAAGAAGAAAAUGAAAAACCACUGACACAGGGAGAAUAUAGCAAGUCGACAUUUAGCAAGUGAAGAAAAAAAAACAAGACACAGACAGAGACUGUUAUUUAAAAAGGAAAAAAUUAAACAGCAGCAACAGCAGCAGCAAAAAGUGGAAAACAAUACAAAAUAAACAAUUAACAACUGUAGAACUCUUCACAGCCUAUGCAGGCAUGCACAUUCAACAAAGAUAAAAAUAAUUGGGAGUGCUAUGUGGUAUCUACGGUUGGUCGACAUUGGUUUUAACUAUCUUGUUGUCACAAGCAAAUAAGAUGUCCACGACCAAGCUUCAUUACAGCUUCAGAAACCUGAUACAUACUUAUUAGCGCUGUGAACAGGUGAAGGUGCUGGUGGGUAGUGGGGAUCAGAGAAUGAAGGAACCCAAAGAUGAGAUGGAACUUGAAAUGAAAGGAAAUGAAGUAGAGAAGCAUAAUUGGAACACUACUGAAUCAGCGAUAAAUGAUGAAGAUAUGAUGAGUGCGAAUAGAAACGAUGAAGUGGCCAACACUGCACUCCCCAUAAGUUCAGCGAUGGGAUGUGAGCUGCUAGAACAGUUACAGAGAGAAAAUGAAGCUGUGAAAGACAAUGAAAAAGGAGAGGAGAAAGAAGAAAAAGCUGUGGAAAAUAUUGAAAAGGAAGACGAGGAGAAAGAAGAAGAAGAGGAUAGGCAACAGUUUUCACAAAGAUGUGGAAACAGAGGGACACAGAUUACCUCCUUUGACAAUGAAGAGUUAUUACCUAAACUGGAUGAAUGCACAGAUGUGACAAUGCCACCUGAAGAGAACUUGGCAGAUGAGAACAUUAUCAUAGUGGAGUCCAGACCUGCGGAUUCUCUGUCAACACCACUAGAGAUAAUCUUGGAUUCCCACAAUAAGCCUGAAGGUGAUGUGCUAUAUACCAAAAGUAUGGAAACUUCUGAAGAACUGAAUAGUAAUGAGAUUAUGGAGUGCAAAGAAAAUGAUACAACUCAAAAUGAAGGAGACUGUGAUAAACAUGGAUCAUGUGCCAUCAUGGGUGCAAAGGAUCCCAGUGUAGAUAGAAGAGAAGUGAAUACUAAAGAGGAAGAAGGAGAAGAGAAUAAAGAGCCUAAAAUGAAGCAAAAACACACAAGUGUCAGCUUCUUUGAAGAGGGUGAUGAGGUUUUCGAUAGAGUGUGUGAUGAUCAUCCCUCAUUAUUACGAAGUAGCAGUGGCACUGAUCUUGAGGCGAUGUACCAGAAUGCUGAUGCCAUUGACUCUGAGCACCUUUUUGAGAUGCUGUGCCGCUGUCAGAGUCGGAGACUUAAUGACCAGAGGUGUUCUUUUCGAAGAAAGAAACUUGCAGAGGGUACACGGCCAUGGAAAUCAGCCCCUGCUUCACCAGCAACUGAAAGGAAAGUCUUCUUUGCCUCAGUGACAUCACUACAGGCAGAACGAUUCUUUGACAUGCUGGCCUGCUCUCAGAGUCGGAGACUUAAUGACCAGCGAGCAGAUUUCCAAGAAGUGAGUGUCAACCAGUGCCAAGAAGAACUGCAGUCCAAGCCAGAGCCAGAACCAGAGCCACAGGUCAAAGCAACAGCAGCAGGAGCAGCAGCAGCAGCAAUGAUAAAGGAACCGAACCAAGUACCAGAUGAUGACUUAUACAACACAAUAAUAACAUACCAGGCUGGGAGGAUUGAUGACCAGAGGAGUGAUCCACCCCUUCCUGCUGCAGCUGAAGACUUCUUUGAUCUUAUCCUGAGAGUCCAAGGUGGGCGGAUGGAAGAACAGAGAGUGGCACUCCCCCCAUCUCUAAAGAACACAGCACAAAGAGUGAAUGCGAUUUAAUGUGUCUCGUGUCUCCCAAUGAUACACUUGCACAUAUACAUGCAUGCAUAUACAUAACAGCAAUUAGAAUCCUCCUUACCUCCUCAAAUAUUUCUACUUAAUUUUUUUGUAAUACAGUCUGAAGAUGGGCAGGCUCCUUCCUUUCAAAGCCUGAAGAUGCAUUAAAAAGUGGUCAUUCCCCCUUAGUUUGCAAAGAGCUUGUCUGUAUCUUUCUGAUAUCAAUAAUGGACAUGGGGAUAAUCCACGCAUUAAUCUUGAAAAAAGUCUUAGCUUUUUGAAGACUUGAAUCAUUUUAGACAAAAAAAAGUGAUCUGCUAAAACAGGAAGAAGUAUUUCUCCAGUGGAGAUAUACAUUUUUUCUUUUUGAGGACAGAAUUGUACAUAUCUGGGAAGCCAAAAGAUCAAGAGAAGAGGUCCAUGUUUACCUAACUGAUGUGCAAGAAGUUCAUAGGGUCUCACCCCACAUGUGGUCUUGAGCUGUCUCUUCAUAACAUAUACCACUGACUUGAAUAAAUGUGUGAUGUGUGCUUGGGAUAUAUUUUGAUGAGCGUAUUUAUCUCAGAUUCCUUCUGGACAUAUUAAUUCUGUUCUAGAUGACACUUUUGUGGUCAGAAUACAUUUUUAUACACAGCAAACUCUGUUGUGUUCUAAUUAGUAUUUCUAUUCCAAUAUAAUUGGAUGAAGAUGUCUCUGAAAAUGCUUAUAAAGUGGUUGGCUCUCAUGCUGCUAUAAAUAUAAUCCUGAUUCUGUUACUUGUACAGCAAUUUGACAUUAUUAAAAAUACUGCUAUGGUGUUACAGUAAUUCUGUUGUUAACAUAUCUUGCUGUGGGUUAUGGGCUGUAGUCCACAUAAAGUCUAACCUUCCAAUAAUAAAACCUUGGCAUACAA